ACUUUGCAAUCAAGAAGAUAUUUCAAUACAAAGUAGUGAAAUCUUGCACAAAAGAAUACAACAUAGUGUGUUUGGACACAAACUGCAAAUGGAGUUUAAAGGCUACAAAAAAUGGAAACACAGAAUCAUUCAUAAUAAGGAGCUACCAAGAAGAACACACAUGUGCGGUUACAAUAAGAUUUGGAGAUCAACGACAAGCUACAUCAAAGUUGAUAGCAGAUUUUGUAAAACCAAAAUUCUUGAACCUGAAAACAAAGUGCAGCCUGGCAGACAUAAAGGCAGAAAUGAAAGACAAAUACAAAAUAAAGAUGAAUUACAUGAAAGCAUGGCGUAGUAAAGAGCGAGCACAAACUCAGCUACAUGGAAAUGCUACAAAAAACAAAUCCAGGAACGAUAAUUGACAUAGAGAAACAAGAUGAUGAUAGUUUCAAAUAUGCAUUUGUUGCAUUGAAUGCUGCUAUAAAAGGUUGGCCAAACUGCAAACCAAUCAUCGUUGUUGACGCUACAUUCCUAAAGGUCGCGUAUGGAGGCACGUUGCUCACUGCCAACACACAAGAUGCAGAAUCAAAAAAUUUUCCGCUUGCAUACUGCAUAGUUGAUUCUGAGAACGAUAAAUCAUGGGUGUGGUUCUUAAAAAAAAUAAAAGAAGCAUUCGGGGUUCGAGAAUAUCAAUGCCUAAUAUCAGACAGACAUGAAAGCAUCAUCAAAGCAACUAGGAAAGUGUUCCCUGAAAUAACACAUGGCUACUACAUCUUCCACCUCUUGUCCAACCUCAAAACAAAAUUCAAAAAAAAAAAAAUGCAAAGCAUUUCAGAGCUCCAUUCUUUGCAGCCGCAAAAGCUUACACAGAAAUGGAGUUUGAAAUCCAUAUGAGGGAGCUAGACAACUUGGAUAAGCGCAUAAGACCGUACCUGGAAAAAAUUGGCCAUGAAAAAUGGUCAAGGUAUCAUUCAAAAAACAGCAGGUACUCUACCAUGACAUCAAACAUAGCUGAGGCACUGGACUCAGCAAAUUUAGCAGAAAGGGAAACACCAGUCACAACAUUAAUGGAGUGCUUGAGGGCACAAAUGCAAGAGUGGACAUACAAUAAUAGAAAGGAGGCACAAAAAUGCACAACAAGGCUGACACCAUCAUCUGAGAAAAAACUCAUAGGGAACUAUGUGCAGUCAUUGCGACUAACAGUGAAACCAGCAAACCAAAACCUAUUUGAGGUGAUAGAUGAAGACAAAACAAGAAUAGUAAACUUGAAGGACAAGACGUGCACAUGCAACAGAUUUCAAAAAAAUGAAAUGUCAUGUAACCAUCCAGUCGCCGUCAUGAAGGACUUGAACAUAAACACAUACAACUACUGUGCACAAUACUACACAUCAAAAGCAUGGCUGCAAACAUAUGAAGAAACAGUAUACCCAGUUGGAAACGUUAGAGAAUGGGAACUACCAGAUUUUUUUGAACACAUCAUAGUGUUGCCUCCAAAAGAAAGAAUCAAGUCUGGAAGGCCGAGGAAAAGAAAAAUGGCAGCAGCUUGGGAAACAAAGAAACAAAACAAGUGUGGCAAGUGUGGACAAAAAGGACAUAACAAAAAGACAUGCAGAAGAAUUACAACAUAGAAGUACAAACAACUAUACAUCAACCAAAAAACAACUAUACUGAAACAUUUAGAAAAACAUACUGAAUAUUACUAUUGGUUGUUACGUUUUUUUUAACUGAAAAUUUUUAUGUGGACAUAUAUUGAUAAUAGAGAAUUGAUAUUAUUAUCAUUAAUAUACAAAAAACAUCAAAUAUUAUAGUUAAAAAAUUAAAUGAGUGCAAGAAAGUUGAAAUUAAUAUGAACCAACAAAAUUACAUAAAGUGAUUAAAAUGGAAGGUUAGUCGUUUGUAUGAUGGUUGCAAUAAGGUUGUUAAUGAUAUGCUUUCGUGGGUUAAACUGAAUAUAAAAAAUAAAAAUCCAAAACUAGUAACAAAAAUAAAA